UUAUAUUUGUAUAAAUAGCUUGAUAAAAAAAAAAUAUUUAUCAUUUUUUGCUUUUUCGAAAAAAUUAAAAUAAUUAUAAAAUGACUGGUAGAGGCAAAGGUGGAAAAGGUUUAGGAAAAGGAGGAGCUAAACGUCAUAGAAAGGUUCUUAGAGAUAAUAUCCAAGGAAUAACCAAACCAGCUAUCCGCAGAUUGGCCAGAAGAGGUGGUGUCAAACGCAUUUCCGGGCUCAUAUAUGAAGAAACUCGUGGUGUAUUGAAAGUUUUUCUAGAAAAUGUGAUUAGAGACGCUGUUACUUAUACUGAACACGCCAAGAGGAAGACUGUUACCGCCAUGGACGUUGUGUAUGCCUUGAAAAGACAAGGACGAACUCUGUAUGGUUUUGGCGGAUAAAAAAAUCUUGCUUCAAAGCAAAUAAUACCCAACAGCCCUUUUUAGGGCUACCAUAUUUUAAAAGAAGUUAAAAGUUGCUUAUAUAAACAAAUUCCUUAAAAUAAAAUAUACCCUUAUAAUUUAUCAAAAUGUCAUCAUUUUAUGAUGUGAAGACGAAAUAGGUUCAAAACUUGCUCGUUCUAAAGA